CAUCUUUCCUUCAAAAAUUAAACUACUCUCUCUAGUUUCCGAUAACAUUCUAUAGUCUCUCUCUCAAUCAAAAAAUUAAUCUCUCUCUCCUCUCUAGAAAACAAAAAUGGCGGUUGACUCGAUUUUGUCGUCUCCAUUGGGCCCUCCGGCAUGCGAAAAGGACGCAAAGGCCCUUCAGUUCAUCGAGGAGAUGACUCGCAACGCCGACUCCGUUCAGGAAAAUGUGCUGGCGCAUAUCCUUCGCCGGAACGCCGACACCGAGUAUCUAAAGAGCUUCAAUCUCGACGGAGCCACGGAUCGUGAAACCUUCAAAUCCAAAAUCCCCAUGGUCACCUACGAAGAUCUCCAGCCCUUCAUCCAGAGAAUCGCCGACGGCGACCGCUCCCCCAUUCUCUCUUCUCACCCCGUCUCCGAAUUUCUCACAAGCUCUGGAACUUCAGCUGGUGAGAGAAAACUGAUGCCGACAAUCAAAGAGGAAUUGGACCGUCGCCAGCUUUUGUACAGCCUCCUCAUGCCGGUUAUGAACCUAUACGUGAAUGGACUGGACAAGGGGAAAGGGCUCUACUUCCUGUUCAUCAAGUCGGAGACAAAGACACCGGGUGGGCUCCUGGCCCGACCCGUCCUCACGAGCUACUAUAAAAGCGACCACUUCAAGACCCGGCCCCACGACCCGUACAACGUGUACACCAGCCCCAACGAGGCCAUCCUCUGCCCCGACUCCUUCCAGAGCAUGUACACCCAGAUGCUCUGCGGCCUCUACGACCGCCACCAGGUCCUCCGCGUCGGCGCCGUCUUCGCCUCCGGCCUCCUCCGCGCCAUCCGCUUCCUCCAGCUCAACUGGCGCCAGCUUGCCGACGACAUCCGGGCCGGGUCACUCAACCACAAAGUCACCGACCCGGAUAUCCUCUCAUGUAUGACCCGGAUCCUCCGACCCGACCCGGAACUCGCCGAUUUCAUAGUCUCCGAAUGCUCCAAGGAGAAAUGGGAGAGAAUCAUCACCAGAAUCUGGCCCAACACAAAAUAUCUCGACGUCAUCGUCACCGGAGCCAUGGCGCAGUACAUUCCGACGCUUGAUUACUACAGCGGCGGCCUUCCGAAGGCGUGUACGAUGUACGCGUCUUCGGAGUGCUACUUUGGGCUCAAUCUCAACCCGAUGUCGAAGCCUUCGGAUGUUUCUUAUACCAUCAUGCCAAACAUGGCCUACUUCGAGUUCCUGCCACACGAGGCGGCGCCAGCGGCGGGGGUUGCGCAGCCCCCGCCGCUGGUCGAUCUGGCUGACGUGGAGGUGGGGAAGGAGUACGAGCUCGUGAUAACGACGUACGCGGGGCUGUACCGCUACCACGUGGGCGAUAUCCUCCGCGUGACGGGGUUCCACAACGCGGCGCCGCAGUUUCAGUUCGUGAGGCGGAAGAACGUGCUGCUGAGCAUAGACUCGGACAAGACGGACGAGGCGGAGCUGCAGGCGGCGGUGGAGAGCGCGUCGCGGCUGCUGAAAGGGUACGACACGAGCGUGGUGGAGUACACGAGCUACGCGGACACGGCGACGAUCCCGGGGCACUACGUGGUGUACUGGGAGCUCCUGGCGAGGGAGCCCACCGCGGGGCCCACGGGGGAGGUGAUGGAGAGGUGCUGCCUGGAGAUGGAGGAGUGCCUGAACUCGGUGUACAGGCAGUGCAGGGUGGCGGACGGGUCGAUCGGGGCGCUGGAGAUCCGGGUGGUGCGGAACGGGACGUUCGAGGAGCUCAUGGACUACGCCAUCUCCCGCGGCGCGUCGAUCAACCAGUACAAGGUGCCGAGGUGCGUAAGCUUCACGCCCAUCACGGAGCUGCUCGACUCGCGGGUGGUGUCCACGCACUUCAGCCCUUCCUUGCCACACUGGGCCCCAGACCGCCGCCGCUGCUAGGGGAAUUUCGUGAAGUCAAUGCCGGAAUGCAUCAGAGAUUUUUUUUUUUUUGGGUAAUUGUGAUUAGGUGUGUAAAGUAGGAAAGCGAUAGGUGUUGUGUGGUGCAGUUAACCUGUGAAAAUGAUGGUAGUGUUUUCAGCAGGGGUUGGUUCGAUGCAUUGAACUUGUUUAUGUUUCUUCCGUUCAAGCAACGAUGAUGAUGAGAUGGGAUAGUUAUGGAAUUUUACCUUUUUCAUUUUCUUAA